CGUUCACGUUCAUUUAUUGCUUCAAGUCAAGAUACUGAAGGAAGAGAGUUCUUUCAAGAGCAGUAAGUCGUACUGUCUUCGUUUUUACAUCUUAAAAUUUAGUAAAUCGCUCAACUACCUCUCUAUUUUAGAUUUUGCCUUGUAUAAUCGUACGAUUCUGAGGCAAUUUAAAAAAUUUGUUUUGGUGUGGGUGUAGUUAACUUUGCCUCAUAACUUCUUUAGAUUUAUUUACCUCUUAUAGGUCAUGAAAUCGAAGGAAUUAGAAUGUAAACGUUUGCAGCUUAAAGUAUUGCUUUAAGUAUAUGAACAUAGUAAGUAUUAUAAAAAAAGGCGUACAUGCGAGCUUUUGCCUUAUUUUAAUUUUUAUUUUGGUAACAGCGUCUUGCAUCCCCCAGCAAAUGGGUAGGUACUUGAUGAACCAAUCAGAACGCGUAUAUUAAUUGAUAACUUUUCUGUUUUGUGCUUUCUUCAAAGAUUUUGCUUGAUAAACAUCACAUAAUGGACAAGAAAAUUUUGCUCAUCGUCAUUCUCAUCAGCUCUGGUAAGUAGAUUAAUGUCUCUAAAAGAACUAACGAUUUAGUUGAAUUUAUCCAGCUUUUAAUAGAGAUGCCAGAACGAUUGGGAUGAUUUCAUUACAUCAGAAAGCAAAACAUAUUGGUACCGGACAUAAAUUUAGGAAAGUAACAAUUUUUACUGCAGAAACAUAGAAGAUUUGAGUCUAAUGGUGACUUAUUAUUGACUGUCAGGUCAAAUUGUUGAAACAAAUUGUUUAUCCAGCUUUUAAUAGAGAUGCCAGAACAAUUGGAAAGAAUUCAUUACAUUGUCUCUAUAAGAAUAUCAGCUCCAUUUUUGAAAAAUAAGUCAAGAGAACCAUUAGAUGGUUUUAUUCAUUUUGACAUCAUUGUUAAAUUUUUUGUACCACAGCGAACGCUCAAAAAUUUCCCUUGCUUGCUGAUUCUUUGGGCCUUUUGGUGAAGGAAGAGUGAAGCCAAUUUAAACUUCUCCUUGCGAGGCCGAUUUUUCCUCCGGUUUAUCGUCAAUAAAUAACUAAAUAUGGAUAGCUAAUGCAUAUCGUUGAUCGACUUACAAUAUUCACAAUGGUAAUAGGACUGAGUGGAGUCCAAUUCUGUCUGCAAUCAGACAGACAACAGAGACAACAGCGCACGCAUGUGACGUGUUCUGUUCCCUUACACAAGCAUGACGUGUUAAUUGUCUCUUUAACCGUCCCAAUACACCGUCCAAUUAUAAGCAUGAGGCGUACACUGUCCUAUUAGUGCUCAAAUCGGACUGGUGUUAACCAAUAGCGUUCAAGAAUUUUGUUAUAGUUUUGAUAAAACCAGAAAUUAAGAGAUCUCUCUUUUGAAUAGAAGCGUGUUUUGUUCUGAAUCACUACCGUUAUCACUUCACUACCAAGUGUCGGAGAAUUUGUGUUUCGUACAUGACACAUCAGAUCACAAGUGUAAACAUUAUAUCAAGAGAAACAAUUUUUAGCUGAAGAGACUGUCAUUUGUUAUCAAAAGCUAGAAGCACCGCCUUUUGUGAUUUUGGGACAUUUAUCGGUUUGCAUGAUUGACGCAAUAUCAGUGCUUAGCAACAACCAAUCACAAUGUAGAGAAUGUAGUAUGAGAGAGUGAUUUCGUUACAAAUUAUGCAGAGUAGCUCUAUACACACCCGUUGUAACUGAGUGAAUACGAGAGUGGGAUUAAACAGUUGAGUUUAAUCGAGGCUAUAGAUUAAGUCUAGUUCGUUAUGAUUCUAAACGGGGCAGAGUUUACGAAACAAUCCCUAAUGGAUAUCAGUACCGUAGUGAAUCCACUUUCACAACCUAUGGAAGAACAUCAUUGACAAUUCUAUGUUCUAAAUGAAGAAUUACGCCGAUGUUAAGAGGGAAAGGGGGAUUUAUAAAGAAAGUGUUCAUUAGGAGCCUAAAUCCCUAGACAUGGCUAUUAGAUUGUUUACGAUAUUUCAGAAAGUAAAUAUUUUCUUCCUUUUCAAAUAUGUUUUCUUCAGUCUUGGUGCAAGCCAAGGAUAUCUGUCGUCUGCCACCAGAAAAGGGUCCAUGCAGGGCAUAUAUGCCCCGCUACUAUUUUGACGCGAUGGUUGGGCAGUGCAAAAUGUUCAUUUAUGGAGGGUGCGGCGGGAAUGAAAACAACUUCAGGACUGAACAAGAUUGCGGGAACAAGUGCUACCGCCGGACAUAAUUUAAGGUAGGCAACAAGUUUACAGCGGAAACAUUGAAGAUUUGAGUCUAAUGCUGACUGUCACAUCAAAUUAUUCGUUAAACCCUAAAUUUUCUAUACUAAUAGCUUUUUCUAACUUAAGCACGUCUCUUACAUAAAAGUUAAUAAAAACCUGCCGGAAUUCAUCGUGAAAAAUAAAACUUCCCGGGAAAAGUGUUACAGCCUUGAGCUAUAUAAAAAAGGCGAGGAAAUGGGCGGGGGGGAUAAGGAUAGGUUUGGUUUUUUUAGUGGGGAAUUAAAUUUGGGAAUAUUACCUCUCCUCCUUUGUUUUUAAUCUACUGUUUGAAUGUAAAAUUUCACAAUUAAUCAUCGGCAAAAGUUUCAGUCACCUUGAGGCGAAAAAUUAAUUGCUCGUACAAAGCACAGCGUUUACCUCUUCUACAGUAAAAUUCCAGUGAUAACUUUACACUAGAGAUAAGGAAGGCUAGUUUGGUCGGUGCUUGAUAUCUUUUCAUGAACAUAGGCCUAUGAAGGGUGUGCGACUUACAUGAAUCUUAUAUUAGAAGGGGCUUCAUAAUCUUACGGAAUGAUUGUUUUCUUCAAUUUUACAGGAUACGGCUUUAGCUUAGUCUCAAGAUACAACAGAGUAUCACUGCAAGACACAGCGUAUAUCCUUUCCUUGUUGUCUCAAACAUUUUGGGAAUAAUAAAAUGCUAGAAAUAAGAG